AAGCAAUGAAACGGAAAGUUCAAACCGUACCACUGUGACCAUACUUUGCAAACGCGGGAAACAGCAUAUAAAUUGACAGCGCGGGGGUAAAUUUCUUUCAACCAGGUGGCUCGCGUAAAUUCAGUAGUACGUAGUGUUUUGUUCAGAGUGGUCAUAACAGAAACAGGAACCAGCGGAUAGACAGAUGAAGAUGAGCGAGGGUGAAAGAGCGAGCGAAAGAGCAGUGGGAUAGACAGGAAAGCCGCUCGCGCUUCUUUUGGCCGAGGCUGGAUAGGCCUAGCAGCAUGAACCAUGGCACGGUGACAACUGACUGGCACGCUGGUUCCCCGAGGCCAUUCUGAAUCACACACGAAACUCGUAUCGGUGUUUCUGUGGCUACGUCGUCUCAUGGCGACAUUACGUCGCCGCCUACUGCGUGAUUGACAUAAAUGCCCAGCUGGGGAUACGUUCAUCGGAAGGUGCUCGGAUCCUGACAUCUAUAGUGUUCAUUGACCUCUUCAGCCGUUUGGUGGUACCAAGGUGUGUACUUACAAACGCCCUAUGUGUGCGAAAGCGGGCGCGAGCAUCCGCUUACGCCGUCGGUCGGCGAUCACGGUAUUUUGGAAGGCCGCACGUCGUCUUCGGCACGACCAAGAUGUAGCCAGUGGAGCAAUGGCGUAGGCCGUGACCUGGCCAACAGGUGGAUCCUAUGCUACUCGAAGGGAGUCCAGCUUUACGUUGGUGCUUCCGCUGAUGAGAUCAUGUUUCGGGUCGUCGAGGGGCAGCAUGGCGUAACGCGCGUCUAUCGGGUUAGCACCAACGAGCUCGUCUGCACCGUUAAGGAGAAAAGUACUACGUCCAAGACCAAUGGUCCACCGCCGUGUCCACCCCGCCUGCGCAGUCCUCGCCGAAGCGCUCCUUGCGCCGUCAACGGCAAGGUGCCCGAGGUGAGCAAGGAGCGGUUCUUGUCCCUUCUCGAAUUGCAGCCGAUCAACGGCGAGUGUGGUCCGCGGCCCGUGGUCGAACGCCUGCCAGCAGAUUGCGACGGCGGCGAGUGGCCAGGUGCCCAGGCGGCCGUCGCCAACUACAGCAAGUACUGCUGCUCGCGAGGGCGUCUACACGCACUGACGCUGCCGUCGCUGCCCCACCCUGUUGUUUACCGUGCGAGACAGCAGCACCGUUACCUGGGUCACCAGUACAGCUUCAACAAGCGUGAUCGCUGGAAGCGCAUGCGUGAACUCCGCACUGGUCUGAGCCGUCGUGCUCUGCGCCAGCUGGACAAAUGCAAAGACCUGCGUGUCAUGGUGCGCCGUUUGACGCCGUCGGAGGUGGCGCUUUGGACGAAAGGCCACAUGCGUUUGGGCAGGACUCCUCUGCGGGAGCUUCCCAGCUUCUCGCGGCCCGUGCGUUGUGUGCUUCCGGACGUGGUGCAGUUGAACGGACUCAAGGUGGCCAAGCGUGUUCGUGGUGUCCGCGAUCGCCGCCCACGGCCCGGCGCGCCUACGCUGUCACAGGCUUCUUCACCGCUAUUAUGAAGGCGGCGCCACUACUUCUUGCUCAUGUUCUCGUGACAGUAUGAUAUUUUGCCAAAGGUUCUGUGCUCUGGCAAAGAGCAGAUAUUCUUCCAUGCAUAUUGUACUUAUAUGCAGCUGUUGAUGUGUCACACGUUUCAUACUUUGUUGUAAAAAAAAUGUUGAUACAGAGUAGCAUGUGCAAAUACUUGCCUUGAAGAAUGAGAGUGCGUGUCGCACAUUAUGUGCACUGUGCCACCUUUAAGUUUUUCUUCUUUUGCUGCGGUGCGCUCGAGUUUUAGUUCUUUUAUUACCUUGUCUCCCUCUGCUGCCUCUAGCAGACCGUACUUGAGAAACCUUUUGUAAUGACAUGGUUAAUGCAUUUAGCCAACUGUCGAGAUUAGAACACUGUGUCUUAGUUGCAAAAUGUCACGUGCAACAUGAAUCGUAAAGCAACUGGCCCUGUCUGUAGAAUUUUAUUGCACACAAAUGGAGCAGGGUUUAACUGCAUACCACUCCUGGCUUUGGCUUGAGGUGCUUAAAUGGAGUGGUAACCGUACCAGACAUAUCUGUCAGCAUUGCAGCCCCUCACGGAACUAUUUUAAUAUAUGUAUGGGGCCCUGAUUAUAAAACCACAUGAGUAUUUACGUGUGCUACAGUUAGCAGUUUUUAAAGAAGUGAGGUCGUGGCUUCGGUUGGGUUGAAGUAACUUAUUGCAUAUGCAGAACACUGUGAAGUUAUGACAGCAUUUCAUGAUAGCAUUCAUUCCUCCAGUGAGCCGCUGAAUUUGUGACCAGGGGCAAUAUGCCCUUCUAGGUUGGUCUAAAAAUAAUUGAAUGAGUGAUGUUCAAAGAAAUGUGGCUUUCUGUUUCUUUUCAACAUAAAAAAAGAAGGUUUGUUAACUGGCACGUUACAUCUUUGUUUACAUCCAUUUAUUUUGAUUCACCAGUUGCAUUGACUGCAGUCGUGUUUGCUUUCAUGCGAAAAAUGUUUGGAACUUGUGAUUGCACUUUCAGUGAGUGAACAGUACAUCGGUACUGCAUAAUAAGCAUACUCUGUUUUAUAGAAAAUGCUGUGGGGUUUUGCUCUGUGCUUUAAAGACGGCAUAGGAGAUCAGUGGGGUUAUUUACUAAGCUGUUUCUUAAGGUAGACAAUCAUUUUAUUUACAUUUUAAAGGACAAAGGAGUCCAUGAAACAAACUAGCCCUUUGCUUGAAAGCCAACCUUUUAACUCAAUUGAUCUGGCUAGCCAUAAUAAAUUAUUUCAUAUUUACUGACCAUUGUAUUGUUAACAUUUUUUGUAGGAGGCAAACUCGGGCCAUGCUUGCACACACUGAACAUAAUGAAUAGAAUUAAUAACACUUGCAAGGUUACAUAUGCUAAGUUCUUCCCUGGACUGUUUCUAUGAGCUGAGGAUGAUUUCAUAUAAGCUGAGCCAGUGUUGGGAAAAGUUCGAAGCUGCUGUCGAAGUACAGUGGCACCCUACUUAAAACAACGCCGAGUGCUUGGCCAAUGUAUGUAUGGUUUACUCGGAAGCCAGUGAACCACUUAAAGAAAUUAAGAAAUAGCUGAUCUCUGUCUGGUUCAUUGCAGUAUGAGCAGUACUGUCGCAUGAGAGUAGUGAUGUUUUAAAGGAGGUUACAAAUGAUGGGCUCUUAUUGCUCAUUACAUCGACGUUGUUUCAAUAGGUAUGAAACAUUGUGGCAAUAAAAAAAAAGUUUUAGGA